CGCGGGCCGGAGAUGGCCCUGGAUGGCCUGCUGCUGCUGCUGCUCCUGGCGUCCGCCGCGGCCGCGAUGGAAGAAACGUUAAUGGACACAAGGACGGCUACUGCAGAGCUGGGCUGGACAGCCAACCCUGCCUCAGGGUGGGAAGAAGUCAGUGGCUACGAUGAGAAUCUGAACACCAUCCGCACCUAUCAGGUGUGCAACGUCUUCGAGCCCAACCAGAACAACUGGCUGCUUACCACCUUCAUCAACCGGCGGGGAGCCCACCGCAUCUACGCCGAGAUGCGCUUCACCGUGCGGGACUGCAGUAGCCUCCCCAACGUCCCGGGCUCCUGCAAGGAGACCUUCAACUUGUAUUACUACGAGACGGACUCCGUCAUUGCCACCAAGAAAUCUGCCUUCUGGUCUGAAGCCCCCUACCUCAAAGUGGACACCAUCGCAGCGGACGAGAGCUUCUCCCAGGUGGACUUUGGCGGGAGGUUGAUGAAGGUGAACACAGAGGUCAGGAGUUUUGGACCGCUUACUCGGAAUGGUUUUUACCUCGCUUUCCAGGACUAUGGAGCGUGUAUGUCUCUCCUUUCCGUCCGUGUCUUCUUCAAAAAGUGUCCCAGCAUUGUGCAAAAUUUUGCAGUGUUUCCAGAAACCAUGACGGGAGCCGAGAGCACGUCUUUGGUGAUUGCUCGGGGCACAUGCAUCCCCAAUGCCGAGGAGGUGGAUGUGCCCAUCAAACUCUACUGCAACGGCGACGGGGAGUGGAUGGUGCCUAUUGGGCGCUGCACCUGCAAGCCUGGCUACGAGCCCGAGAACAGCAUGGUCUGCAAGGCCUGUCCUGCCGGGACUUUCAAGGCCAGCCAGGAAGCCGAAGGCUGCUCCCACUGCCCCUCCAACAGCCGCUCCCCCUCGGAGGCAUCUCCCAUCUGCACCUGCCGGACUGGCUAUUAUCGAGCAGACUUUGAUCCCCCAGAAGUGGCAUGCACUAGUGUCCCAUCAGGUCCACGAAAUGUCAUCUCCAUCGUCAAUGAGACAUCCAUCAUUCUGGAGUGGAACCCUCCAAGAGAGACUGGUGGGCGGGAUGAUGUGACCUAUAACAUCAUCUGCAAGAAGUGCCGGGCUGACCGCAGGAGCUGCUCUCGCUGCGACGACAAUGUGGAGUUUGUACCAAGGCAACUUGGUUUGACUGAGUGCCGUGUCUCCAUCAGCAACCUGUGGGCCCACACUCCUUACACUUUUGACAUCCAGGCCAUCAAUGGAGUCUCCAGCAAGAGUCCCUUCCCCCCACAACACGUCUCCGUCAACAUCACCACAAACCAGGCAGCCCCCUCCACUGUUCCCAUCAUGCACCAGGUCAGUGCCACCAUGAGGAGCAUCACCUUGUCUUGGCCUCAGCCGGAGCAGCCCAAUGGCAUCAUCCUGGACUAUGAGAUCCGGUACUAUGAGAAGGAGCACAAUGAGUUCAACUCCUCCAUGGCCAGGAGCCAGACCAACACAGCGCGCAUCGAUGGGCUGAGGCCUGGCAUGGUGUACGUGGUCCAGGUGCGAGCCCGCACGGUGGCUGGAUACGGCAAGUUCAGUGGCAAGAUGUGCUUCCAGACCCUGACAGAUGAUGACUACAAGUCAGAGCUGAGAGAGCAGCUGCCUCUGAUUGCUGGCUCAGCGGCGGCUGGGGUCGUGUUUGUCGUAUCCUUGGUGGCCAUCUCUAUCGUCUGCAGCAGGAAACGGGCAUACAGCAAAGAGGCUGUUUAUAGUGAUAAACUGCAGCAUUACAGCACUGGCCGAGGCUCCCCAGGGAUGAAGAUCUACAUUGACCCCUUCACUUAUGAGGACCCCAAUGAAGCUGUCCGGGAGUUUGCCAAGGAGAUUGAUGUUUCUUUUGUGAAAAUUGAAGAGGUCAUCGGAGCAGGAGAGUUUGGAGAGGUGUACAAGGGGCGUUUGAAACUACCAGGCAAGAGGGAAAUCUACGUGGCCAUCAAGACCUUGAAGGCUGGAUACUCGGAGAAGCAGCGGCGGGACUUUCUGAGUGAGGCGAGCAUCAUGGGCCAGUUUGACCACCCUAACAUCAUCCGCCUGGAGGGUGUCGUCACCAAGAGUCGGCCUGUCAUGAUCAUUACAGAGUUCAUGGAGAAUGGUGCCUUGGAUUCAUUCCUCAGGCAAAACGAUGGGCAGUUCACAGUGAUCCAGCUGGUGGGGAUGCUGAGGGGCAUUGCGGCCGGCAUGAAGUACCUGGCCGAGAUGAACUAUGUACACCGGGACCUGGCUGCACGGAACAUUCUGGUCAACAGCAACCUGGUGUGCAAGGUGUCCGACUUUGGCCUCUCUCGCUACCUCCAGGAUGACACCUCAGACCCCACCUAUACAAGCUCCUUGGGAGGGAAGAUCCCCGUGAGAUGGACAGCUCCAGAGGCCAUUGCCUACCGCAAGUUCACUUCAGCCAGUGAUGUCUGGAGCUAUGGGAUUGUCAUGUGGGAAGUCAUGUCAUUUGGAGAGAGACCCUACUGGGAUAUGUCCAACCAAGAUGUCAUCAAUGCCAUUGAGCAAGACUAUCGGCUGCCGCCUCCCAUGGACUGCCCAGCUGCUCUGCACCAGCUCAUGCUGGACUGUUGGCAGAAGGACAGGAACAGCCGGCCCCGUUUUGCAGAGAUUGUCAACACCCUGGACAAGAUGAUCCGGAACCCGGCAAGUCUCAAGACUGUGGCAACCAUCACCGCUGUGCCUUCCCAGCCCCUGCUCGACCGCUCCAUCCCAGAUUUCACGGCCUUUACUACCGUGGAUGACUGGCUCAGUGCCAUCAAAAUGGUCCAGUACAGGGACAGCUUCCUCACUGCUGGCUUCACCUCCCUGCAACUGGUCUCCCAGGUGACGUCAGAAGACCUCCUGAGAAUAGGGGUCACCCUGGCAGGCCAUCAGAAGAAAAUCCUGAACAGCGUCCACUCCAUGAGGGUCCAAAUGAGCCAGUCACCAACAGCAAUGGCAUGAAAACUCGUGUUUCCUUGGGGAAGGAGAGGAAGGUACAGGACCGAGGUCGAAGGGGAACCAGAGGUUGACCUCUGUGGAAUGUGCUGGAAAGAUCAGCGUCUUUGCCUGGGAAACAUGUUUCCAUCUGUGGAGAACAAACUGGACCUGCAGCUCAUAGGCCAUGUCUUUCGUUUCUCAGUGACAGAAGCAUAUAGAUGCCGUGGGAAACCAGAUACAUAACCAUCGAGAGAGAGGUGAUGCUUAGCAAAAGUGGAGACAAAACCGUAUGCAUCAGGGAACCAGAGUGAAUUUGGUUCCCACUCUUGUGGGGGGGCUGGAGUUAUCCAUCUGCAGGAAGAAGGGAAGGAGGUGGAGGGAAGAAACAGAAGCCGUGUUCCAUUUUCUUCCUCACCAAUGACAUCCUUUUCUUUUCUCCUUUCACACACCUCCCUGAGCAUCCCUCCUCCUCCCACUUCCAUUUCCCUUUGCUCAAGAGUGACUCUCCUGUAGGGAAGUUUCUUCAAAUAAAACCCAGCUCCUGAGUCUCCAGACGUUGUUCUGUCAGUUGCCAAAGGACUUUGCUGACCACUGCAUGGGGAUCCAACCAAUUCAAUUAAUGUCUUCAUAUUGAAGAAGAAAUGUACCUUCAAUGGAAAACCUUGUUUUUCUUUUGUUUGCAUUUUCUGCAAAAAGGAAAAAGAAACCACAAAUUGGAAAAAAAAAUAGGAAAAAAAAACCUGUUUCUGUGUGCGAGAGCACACACAUGUAUGUCUGCGUUAUAAAUUGACAGUGCUUGUUCGUCACAGAUGCAAACAAGGAAAUGAACUGGGAAGGUUUUGCCCUUGGGAAGUCCAUAGGGACUGGAAUAUGUUGGCUUGGUUUUCUGGUUGGCCCAUUGGCCACUUGGCUCAAUGGGAAGAGAGGAGAGAGGGGGGGAAAUAAAAUGAAAUUAAAAAGUAAAAAAAGAACUCUGAAGAGUUUGCAAAUUCAGACAGGAAACAGGUGAGUGGUUUGAAUUGGAUGCAGUGUGGGACGUUCUAGAAUGAUACUGACUGAUGAGUCACUCCUGAUAACAUCUGAAGAAAAGGAGAAGGAAGGCUUUUUGGAGAAUGUUCUUCCACAUCCCUGGAAUCUGCGAUGUUAAGAGGCAGCGGCAAGGGAGAAGUCUUCUUGCCUUACAUGUGGACAGGCUUAAGCCGUGUGACAUCCGAGGAAUGUUUCAACUGUGUCUGUGUUUCUCUUUACAUUCCUGAUUGUACCUCAUUGUUCAAUCCACUUUUGUAAAUUCCAUCUAACAUUUAAAUAUUUUUAAUUUCUCCUUUUACCUUAAUCUCCUUGCUAAUUUUAUCUGUCUAAUUAAAAAGAGCAGAAGCAUGUCUGGGUUUACGUAA